CAUGUAGCGCCAACCAUCUGUCCCGUGGCGCCUCCGGUAGCCCAUGUGCGCCCUCUUGUCCCUUCAACGGUCAAAGAAAAGGGGAUCUGAUCUGAUGGCGCCCAUGGAGAUGGAGAGGAUGGAACCUAGACAGCAGCAACACUAGCAGUCUGUUUGCCCUUUUGCAGUCCCUACCAUCAUCCCCCAUUCCCUUCCCCUCUCGCCUGCAGGCCCGCCGGCUCCCACUUCCAAGCCAGAUCCAUCUGAUUCGGCGGUUCUCCGGCCGGGAAUCUCCGGCAAGAACAGAGUGUUGAACCGCGGCCGUGAACUCUGAUCGCGGUGUCUCGGACGAUGCAAGCGACGGCGCGGCAGGUGGAGGACAAGGAGUGCUACAGCUACACCACCAAUGGCGCGGCCAGUGGACGGCCGCACCGCAAGAACCCGGCCGCGUCCUCCAGGCUCAAGCCGAUGCCGUCCAAGUGGGACGACGCGCAGAAGUGGCUCGUGGGCAUGUCCAACGGCGGCGGCGACGGGCUGCACGGCGGCGGCGGCAAGGGCGCCAAGCCCCGCAACUCCAACGCCGACGACCGGCGCCUCCUGAGCUCGUCCUCGCAGAACGGCCGCAUCUCCUGCAGCAGCGUGGACGGCGGCAUCGAGUACAACAUGGUGGCGGCGCCCCCGACGCCGCCGCAGCUGGGCGAGGACGACGUCGGCGAGACCAAGAACAUGGACUACAUGGUGCCGCCGCACGGCCACGCCCACGGCUCGCCCGUGUCGGUGUGCCUGCGGGACAUGGGCACCGAGAUGACGCCCAUCGCCAGCAAGGAGCCGUCCAGGGCGGCCACGCCGCUGCGCUCCACCACGCCCGUCGCGCGGAGCCCGAUACCGUCCCGGUCGUCCACGCCGGGGAGGCGGCGGCAGGACGCGCCGCCCGCGGGCGCUCUUGGCUCCGACGUGGUCCGGACGGCCGAGCAGGCGGCGGUAAGCAACAAUGCCGUCAGUGGCGGCGAGGCGGGCAGGGACAGCGACGCCGGGGUGCACGGCGGUGCUCCCAGAGCCAACACGCUCGAGUCCCGUGCGGCGGCCUGGGACGAGGCAGAGCGAGCCAAGUUCAUGGCGAGAUACAAGCGCGAGGAGGUGAAGAUCCAGGCCUGGGAGAACCACGAGAAGCGAAAAGCCGAGCUGGAGAUGAAGAAAAUAGAGAUGAAGGCGGAGCAGAUGAAGGCGCGGGCGCAGGAGAAGCUGGCGAGCAAGCUGGCGACGGCGCGGCGCGUGGCCGAGGAGAAGCGGGCGGUGGCGGAGGCGACGCUGAACGAGGGCGCGGCGAGGACGUCGGAGAAGGCGGACUACAUCCGGAGGACCGGCCACCUGCCCUCCUCCUUCUUCUCCUUCAGAAUCCCCUCCCUCUGCGGCUGAACUGCCUCCCUAUACAGGACAGAUUCAUAGGGAUCACCGUAUAUGUUGUUGCCCCACUGCUUCGUUUUGUGUCCAUUGUAGGGGUUGAUUGCCAAGGGGAAAAAAUGUAGGGGGUGCGUGCUAUCUGUGAUCGCCGCACGAGCAGCUUUCAGUUCAGUGGACUUGGUUCUAUUUUGUGGAAGGGCCUCGCAUACAACUGAAAGAGGACUCUAGUCUAGACCCAGAGAGAAACAUACUACACCCCAUGUCUCAAAAUAUAAUGACGUUUUUAACACUACAUUAGUGUUAAAAACGUUCUUACGUUAUAGGACGGACUUGUAAUUUCCAAGUUGGUCGAGUUGCAAAUCCGCAAAGCGAACAUGCGGCUAAUC